CAUUCGGUGUUGAGCGAUUUGUUGUUUUUGUUUUGUAAGAGCACCGAGUGCUGAACGAUAAGAGCAAUUACCAUGCAAUCCAUAUCAACUGUUCGACAUUGUUACCGCACAAAUGGUGUAGCCCGGUUUCUUAAUUUUGUCCAAAGAUUUAAUCAUAAUUCAACGAUUGAUACAAAUGAUGUGGAACAUCAUUCAAAACUAGCUGACGGAUGGUGGAAUCCCCAAGGACCAGUAGCACCGCUGCAUUCAUUGAAUAAAAUUCGUGUGCCAUUUAUUCGAGAUGGAUUGGUUGGAAUAGCCGGUAUAAAUAAAGAUAAAAUAAGUUCAGCAAAACCUUUGGAAAAUGUAAAAAUUCUUGAAAUUGGCUGUGGAGCUGGCAUUUUAACGGAGCAAUUGGCUCGCAUUCACGCACAAGUUGUUGCAAUCGACCCCAGUGAUGUACUCAUUCAAACCGCCCAUAAACAUUUGCAAAGGUAUCCGCCAAGUAACGAAUUAUCCAAACGCAUUGAAUAUCGCUCUGAAACAAUUGAAGAACACAAUUCUAGAACAAGUACAAAGUAUGAUGCAGUCGUUGUAUCUGAGGUGCUCGAGCAUGUUGAUGAUAAAGAAACAUUCUUAAAGUUAUGUACAGCACCGCUUCGAUCUGGAGGAUCAAUAUUCAUAACCACAUUUAAUAAAACUACGUUGGCAUGGUUGGGUGGCAUUGUAUGUGCCGAAUAUAUUCUUAAUAUGAUUCCACAAGGCACACACGACUGGAAUAAAUUCAUUUCACCAAGAGACACACAAAAACUUUUAGAACAAUGUGGAUGUUCAACUGUCAUUUGUAAUGGAUUUUUAUAUGAAUUUUGGAGACAAAAAUGGAUCUGGACCAAACACAAUCAAUUUUCAUAUGCAUUGCAAGCAGUGAAGUCAUGAAAUAUUGCAUUUGAUAAAUUAUUAGCAUUAAACGCAUGAUUAUGAAAUGUCGCAUUUAAAAAAUAGCUGACGAUGAAAUAAAAUCUUAAAUAACGGAAAAUCUUAAUGGAUUCAGCA